GCCUCGCCAGCGCGGAGCAGCGGCGCCUGGCAGAGCGGAGGCGAGCGCAGCUCCGCCGCCCUGGAAGCGCGUGCCCGGGUGUCCCAUUGCGUACACGGAGCCGGAGAUCGAGACAGGCGGAAAGCGAGAGAGCGAGAUCGCCCCUGGCAGGGUCCCCUCGGCCCUUGGGAUCCUCGUAGGAGGAGGCGCGCAGAAUGACCGUCAUGGGGAAGUACCUGGUGACCUGCUGGGUAGCAGUUCUCUUGAUCCUGCUGCAGAGCGAUGUCUCCGUUUCCAAAAAAAGGCCCAAACCCAGCGGUGGUGGCUGGAACACAGGAAGCCAACGCCAGCCUGGAUACCCGCAGAACCCUGGCUAUCCGCAGAACCCUGCCUACCCGCCACCACGCAACCCUGGCUAUCCUCAAAACCCUGGUUACCCCCAACACAACCCUGGCUACCCGCCGCGCAACCCUGGCUACCCGCAGCAGAACCCUGGCUACCCUCAACGCAAUCCUGGCUACCCACAGAACCCGGGCUACGGUGGGGGCUACGGAGGCAAACCGUGGAAGCCUAAGCCGGCCAAGCCCCCCAAGAUGAAGCACGUGGCCGGAGCAGCUGUCGCAGGGGUGGCGGCAGGAGCCCUCGGCGGCUACCUCUUAGGCAGUGCCAUGUCCAACAUGAACUUUGGUUUCCGCAACCCCAGCGAGGAGCAGUGGUGGCAUCAAAACCGCGACCGCUACUCUGACAGAGUCUACUACCCAGAGUACAAGGAGCGUGUUUCGAGGGAUGUCUUUAUGAGAGACUGUGUGAACGUCACACUGACGGAGUAUAUCACCCCUCAAGGGAACCAAAGUGCAGAUGAGAUGGAAGUGAAAGUCGUGACACAUGUGGUGCGCGAGAUGUGCACGGAGCAGUACCGCUUGAUAUCCGCGGCAGCUCUGCUUCUCGCCAGCCCUUCCGUGCUUUUCUUCCUCAUGCUGGCCACGUGUUUCCUUAUCCCCUGAGGUCCCCCUCAGGCCUGCACCUCGCUGUUCAUUGAGCAAACGUCCAGAAGGAAUGAGAUCUAUACAGAGCUACGGCUUGGGGGGAGAUGACAUUCUCGCUUAUGCACCUCUUUGGUGGACUGUCUUUCAAAGCUGUUACAUCUGCUACGUAUUAAUGAACACCCAGGCUUCUGCCAAGCACCUGUUCCUUUUGCAGCCAUCUUUUAUUUCUGUCGUUUGUGGUACGAAAUAGUUUGGGGGGUGGGGUAGGGAGAGCAUAAGGUCUUAUUUUGUAAUGAAGGGAGGGCAGGAAGAACCCGUCAUAGAUCAAACCCCUCCCUCCUUCAGUCGAGCCUAAUGUAACGCGAACUGUAAAUAGAAACACAGCGCAUUAAGAGUUGAUGUGGCUGGGUUUCUGCCGGAGAGCCCACAAUUGAGAAGGGCACCUACUUUUCUUCUCUUCAGUGCUGAAACUUGCUUGUUCACCCGCCUCUAGACAGCGGUCAGACAGCGGUGGAGGUGAGGAAGAGAAGUCAGUGCCACAGCCUACUUGCUUGUUGGCUCUCUGGCAAACAAGGAGACGGGAGCUCUAAUGGGGAAGAGGAGAAGUCGGUGAUAAUGGCAGUGAGGUGGAGGCCUGAGGCCUGUGGAGGAUAUCUUUGCCCACAGGCUCUGUAAAAUCUUCAGCUGCCACAGUCCUAUGCUUGCCUACCCUCAUUACACCGGCUCUUCACAGAAACCAAAUUGACACGUUCUGUAAUGCAGCGAUCCAGGGGUCCCCAAAUCAUUGUCCGCAGACCACCAGUGAUCUGCAAGCUUCACUCAUGUGGUCUACGGUGUGUCGGUGGAACUAUUGUCUUAUUGGUCUUUAAUUGUGUUUCUGCUGCUGCUUUAAUUUUUUUAUAUAUUGCAUUUUUAUUCUUAGCGUGGGAUUCAAAUUGUAAUGCAAUAUAUAAGAAAUAAAAGAAGCAGUAGAAAGACAGUAAAAAAUAUUACAGCAUCUACCACUGCACAUUACAAUUGCAAUAGCUGGCAGAAAAAUCAUUUAAGUGGCCUGCGAAGAACUUCAGCAGUUUUCAAGUGGCCCUUUGUGGGUGAAGGAGGGCAUUUGGGAACCCCUGCAGUAAACUGUUCUUGCCUUUAAGAGAAGGAAAUAUUUCCAGCUGUUAUUUGAAACUACAUUAUAUGACGAGAGGCAGGAAGCUGAAGUGAAUCAGGUUUUAAGUUCUCCACUGUACAUUGUUUAAAAAUAAAAAAUCCCACCCCACCAUGCAGUAAGAUUCUCAUUCUAGACCCACAUACAUACUGAGAUAUUUAUCUCAGUAUAUUGUAGAUCUAUGGAAAUCCCACUGUAAAAAACACAAAAAACACUUUUAUAUAUUAUAAACUGCCUUGAGAGUGCGGUUGGGGUUAAAAAACACACCACCAGGGUGUUAAAUAUAUGAAUACAAGCAAAAGAGGAAAGGCCAUGCGCAUCCCUUCCUACAUUAUGCAAGGUGAGAAGACUCUGGUGUGUCUUAUUGGACACAAUUCCAGGAACCGAGUCGUGUUAACCUCACAACAAAGAAGAUGGAUAGUGCCUAGAAUUUCACGAAGCAAGAAGACACAUCCGCAAAGAAUUACCCUGCGUUCCUGAUUUAGUGCUGUCCAUGUGGAAAGUUGUAGGGCCUUGGGGCUCUUUUGCACAUUAUCUGGGGUUUGUGACCAUUAGGCAGACCAGAGCAGCCCAUACGGGAUCCAUGCGAAUCAUUAAGCGAGCAUGCCCUUCAUUAUCCAUUGUACCAUGAACAUACUGUAGGUACUUGUCUGUGCAGUAAUAAACCUGUUUGCCUAUGAACCACAGUUAUUGCCUACACAGGCGCAUUACUGCUGAUGACACCAAAAUCUCUUGCUUUCCUUUUUUUAAUGAAAGACGAACCUCAGUGAAGUAUCGUUUUCAUGGAGAAAUAAUGGCUUAUUACUGGAACUGAUAAAUCUGGGGCGGGUCUUCUGAAAUGAUGUUGGCUGUCCCAAUAGCACUUAGAUUUUCUAGGCUGCAAAGAAAAGCAUUUGGUUUUGCAGCAUGGGAAUAUAAGUACACCAUUCAUCAGGAAUUUUUAACCCUCUGUGAUGCACAGACAUUACCUUUCUGGUGACUAUUAGCAAUUGCAUAUUUUCUUACAAGAGUAGAAGUUCCUGAUUAUUGUCUGAACUAACCUUAACAAUUAAGCUGCUGCUGUUGUUGAGCAUCUUCACUCGUUUGAUCUCUUGAGUCCUCAAAAUUACUGGGUGUUAAUUGUAUUGACCCUGCUGAAUUUUGGAACUAACUUUAAGGGUCAACUGCAGAUACCAGAGUCAUUCCAAAGUUUCAUCUGUGAGGAAACCUGUUGGGUGAACUGGUGGCAAAUGUGACUUGAAGGCAGUCUUAUAAAAUUCAGAGAGGGUUCUCAGUCCGUUGGGAGACUCAAGCUGUGUGCCAAUAACUCACAAAAUAUUCAGACAUGAAAGCCAUGUUGUCAAAGCCAAUGGUGCUCUCCAUAAAGUGGUUAAGCAUCCCUCUAUCUUAAACUGGAUUCCAGCCUGUAGACUAAUGCAAGUCCCUAGAAUUUGAGAGACUUGCUUCCAAGUAAGUGUGUGCAGAAUUGCAGUCCUAUGAGUUACUGUGAAGAGCCAAUUCUUGGCAGUUGGGGAGGGACACCACACACAUCCUGUUUCUGCCACACCCUCCCCUUGCUCACUUCGGGCUUCUGCAAGGCCCUUUCUCCUUCCAGAGAUGCUGUGUUAGUGUGCCAGAAACAAGGGUGCAAUGCCACACCACCAGUUGCGAUACUCUUCUGGUUAAGAGAGCUCAUGUGCUUCAUUUUCUAGGUUUCAAUUUAUGCAGCAGGCACUGGGGUUGGACUGAUGGGAGCACACGGAAUAGUCACUAGGAUUUAUGCAUUCCAGUAAUGUAGCUGGCUUCGAAAAUGCCACAUUUAACCUUAAGGCAGACAUUAUAAUUGAGGACUACAUUUUGGGUGGUACUAAUUCUGUCUGUCCUACCGCUUUUGGCCUGCAGCGUUGGUAACGGCUACAUUUUUGCUAACCUGUAUUUCAGUCGACUUGCUGACAACUCCAUGUUUGUUCAAGGGUAUAGAUAUAUUUUUUAAGUGUAGUCAAAAUGUAAAGAGUACACAAUUAUCCUUCUGAGUAUAUCUUAAUAUAUUCUGUGCAUUUUGCUAGAAGAUGAUUAUUGUACAGACACACUUUUAAAUAUUGGUGACUUGGUCCAAGUAGAAAGCACACAAUAGUAGUAAAAAUACAGGGAGUAUUGGAGAGACAAGCACAUUCGUACUUUGCAAUUUUGUGUGUGCUUUUUUAAAGUAAGUGUUUGAUAUCUAGUAGAAAUAAAGGCCAAAGGCCCCA